GGAAAAUGGCUUUUUCCUCUAAUCCCGCCUCAGCCCCCACACCAGACCAUCUAAUAACAUCACUUCUUUCUACUUAAGGAUAGAGACAUGCCUGAACUCGCCACGACUAACAAAUGACGAAGUCAUUCUGUUCCGUAGAGUUGGCCGGCAGGAAUGUGGGUAAUGACUAACUUUUAUUCGAUGGCUUCCUUCCAGAUCAAUCCAUACGACUCCCCCUCCCCAGAGCCGCCAUAAGGGGUGAAGCCCGACAUCCUCCAGAGCGCGGUAUGGAGGGACUGGGGGGGGGGGACAAAAGGAACUUGCCUACAAGGACUUACAGAUGCCAGUAGCUGAGGGGUUUGGGGCAACUCCGUACUGACUUCCAUCCUCUCCGCACCCCCGGCCUCCUCAUCCGCCAUCUUGAGGGAAACUGACACCCGCAGUUCCAGACCCCCGGCCGGAGAACGAGCGGAAACCUGUAGCCGGUCCAAGAAACGAGGGGCGACACUUUUACGACGGCCCCUGAAGUCGGGUUUGACGCAGAAUCGAGGAGCGGCUUCCGGUCCGCUUCCCGGAAGCAAGCGUCACUGCCCCUACGGCAGGAGGUUUUUCUUUCUCUAAUUUCUUAGCUGCGGUGCUUGCUGCUUGAAUGGUUGUGUAUCUGGUGUCGUUGCUGGGAAAUGUUGCAUCUGCGAGGAGACCUGACUGAUGCCAAAACAAAGGACUACUUGGGAUCCAGGCAGCAUGAGGUAGAAUGGCAAACUUACCAGGGCAUUCUGAAGAAGACAAGAGUCAUGGAAAAAACCAAGUGGCUUGAUGUUAAAGGAAAUCAUGAUGCAUUCAACAUCCCAAGUCUGGAGAGUGUCGAGAAUUAUUACAGGAAAUAUUCUGCUGUACGUAGGGAUGGCUCUUUCCAUUAUGUCCACAGUACUCCUUUUGGCAACUAUUCUUUCAUCUCUUUGGAUGCCACCCCAAAUCCAGGGCCUAAGAGACCCUAUAAUUUCUUUGGAAUUUUAGAUGAGAAACAGAUGGAGGAACUUCUGUUACUAGCCAAGGAAAGUAGUCGGAGCAACCACAGUAUUUGGUUUGGACACUAUACAACAUCCACUAUCCUUUCUCCAUCACCUGGAAUUCGGUCAAUAAUGAGUUCAGCUACAGCUUAUUUGUGUGGACACCUCCAUACACUCGGUGGACUGAUGCCUGUUUUGCACACUCGUCACCUCCAGGGCACUUUGGAACUUGAGGUGGGAGACUGGAAGGAUAACAGAAGGUACCGGAUCUUUGCUUUUGAUCAUGACCUCUUUAGCUUUGCAGAUUUGGUCUUUGGCGAGUGGCCUGUGGUUCUUAUCACUAAUCCUAAGUCACUUCUAUAUAGUUGUGUUAGACAUGAACCACUAGAAAGACUCCUUCAUUCAACACACAUCAGGAACCACCAUACUGUUUUCCAUAGCGGCUGUACCAUUUUACAUUACCACCAGCAGUGCAUAAGAGUCCUGGCCUUUUCCUUAUCCUCCAUUACUUCUGUCACAGUUAAGAUUGAUGGAGUUCAUUUAGGGCAAGCUAUUCACUUGUCUGGUCCUAUUUUCAUACUGAAGUGGAACCCAAGAAACUAUAGUAAUAGGACAUGUAACAUAGAAGUCAUUGUCCAGGAUUCUGCUGGAAGAAGUAAGAGUGUUCACCACAUAUUUUCUGUUCAAGAGGAUAUUCAUCUCAGAUUUGACCCCCUGGCAUCAUUUAUUCUCCUUACCGACCACUGCAUCGUGGCCCGGGUCCUUUUUGUGAUAAUUGUGCUGAUCCAGCUCAGCAUUCUCAUUACUUUUAGGUAUCGAGGAUAUCCAGAGCAUAAAGGGUCUCCAGGAUUUAUAAAUUUGACCUCAUUCUCCCUCCAUGUCCUGAGCAAACUAAACAUCUUCUACUAUUCUGUGUUGUUGUUAACCCUAUAUACAGCACUGGGACCCUGGUUUGUUGGUGAGAUCACUAAAGGCAAAUGGGGUUGCUGCUUUUCCUUUGGGAUAUUUGUUGAUGGACAUUUCCUACAAGGCAGCCUAACAUUUGUAGUUGGAAUUCUGCAGCUGGUAUUUUUUAACAUACCCUUGAUGGCUUACCUGUGUUGGAGCUUGCUGCAGCGGUGCUGUGGUCACAACUUCCGGUCUCAUCUCCAUCAAGGAAAAUACUUGAAAAUUAUACCUGUUCACCUACUUAUGUUACUGCUAUACAUCUGGCAGAUUUAUUCCUGCUACUUUCUUCAUAUGACAUAUGGCACUUUAGCUUUCUUCUUCUCCCCUUUGCGGACCUGGUUGACACUGUUGACACCUGUUAUCAUUCAUAGUGUGUGGACUCUGAACUCUACUGAGCUUGGAACCUUUGUGGCACAGUUAAAAAGCCACCUGAGCUCCUGAAGGCCUUGUCUCACCAUCCACCUCUUUGGCCCAGGCCUCUGCCCCAGCAGCAGGUGGAAGGCCAGUGAUGGUGGGCAAGCUUCAGGGAGCUGCUGCACCCUGGACACCUGGGAGUUGAGUGGGAUUACCCACUACUGAUUCCUACAGAAUGGACUGCAGAAAAAUCUCUAAAUAAUGCCAUGAUUCCUUCCUUCUCCAAGAAGGCAAAGGAUUGAUUUACUUUUGUUCAGAGAAAGUCCUAAUCAGGAGAUCCACAGGUGAGGGACUGGGUGUGUGUAUGGGAGUAUUUUUUAUGGUUACCUCGUGUAAAGUACCUAGCACAGUAUGUGGAAUUCAGCAGCCCACAAGGGUGCCACGUUGGGGGCAGGGAAGCUUUGUGAACUUGGGCCCUACCUUGACUACCCUUGAGAUAAUUAGCUCAGGUCUACUUUUCCCUCAGGGUACUGGGUUCUCUGCUUCUUUAGGUGGGGUGCUUUCAGCUAAUCAAAUAAAUGAAUGAUGAAUAAGAA